CUGAAUAGGAGACAGUACACUCAAAUAGAAAUCUAUUCACCGCAUCAAACCCCUGAAGCACCCCCGAGUCUGAUCACUCACGUUCUCAAUGCCAUCACUUUCAACGGGAAUUUGGCUAGUACAGGUUGUUAGCCCAUUUACCUGUCAAUUUAAAAGGAUGAAUGGAUACUUCUCCCGGCCCUUCAGCCUUAUCCUCAUGACUACUUCUGUCGUACCUCAGGAUGAUUUCAUGCUGGCAGUAUGGAGCAUUCAGAUUCCAACAGGAGGCAACAUUUCUCGCCCAGGCCAACACGAAUGUUGCAAAAUUCCUGUACAUCGGAGCCCGAUAUAUACCAUUGUUGUCUACUCUUAGUCUCGUCUUUAAACAAGUCUUCCACAUGGCGAAUGUUGACUGCCAGCGUCCCUCAGCAUUGUGGAAGCAUUCUGUGCAGAAUGUUUGUGACCUCCGUAACCAGUUUCAUUUGAACUUUCAUUGGGCUCACCGUAUGUUAGGCAUCUUCGGACUCCGAACCUGCGCUAUGUGGGAGGUGAAGUGGCCUCUACGCUGGGUUAUGUUCAUGAUCAUAGCUGGUAUGGCAGUUGCUGGGCUAAUCAUAUUCUGCUUUGUCCCGAAGCAGUAUGUGUUUGUACCUGACGUUUCGGCAUGUCAAGUAUCUCAAUUUGCAAAAAUGCAACGGUUAUUGGCGGCGUUACUAGCGCUCCUGAUGUUAGAAUUUGUCCUUGUUAUUAUUGCCACUAUAAAGGCUGCCAAGAUUUACAGAUCGACGCCAAGACCACUCCUUACACUUCUCCUCACACACCAUAUGUUCUACUAUGGUUGCGGAUUUCUCUUGAGCAUUAUCAAUGUUCUGUGUGUGACGCUGUUCGAAUACGAAUACGCCGCAAUUUUUCUCAGGUGCGUGACGUUUUCCGAGUGUUCGUCGUAAAUGCUGACUAGAUUGCAAUCAACAGCCCCCAAAUAGUGAUGCAUGCAAUCUUGGCAACACGUAUGCACUACCAGCUAUGGGAGUCCAAGAACAUUCCAAAGAGUUAUCGGUCAGACCAGUACCCUACGUCGCCGCU